AUGUGGAUAUGUUCAGAAACUGUUAUGUCGUUCAUUGUGUGACAGCGAUGGGACGUGUAGGACAAAGACUCCCGAUCUUGAUACAAAUCAUAGUUUUGCUUUGUUUGUGUGAUGCGACUGCAGCGCAGCUCUCGUUCUCCGUUUCCGAGGAGGCUGACAAAGGAACGGUGGUCGGAAAUCUCGCUAAGGAUUUACAAAUUAACGUAAAUGAACUAGUAAAACGGGACUUAAGAAUCGUCUCCGGGAACUCAAAGACAUAUUUUGACGUGGAUUUAAAAACUGGUGCUCUGAAUGUUUGCGAUAGGAUUGAUCGGGAAGAGCUCUGCCCAAAUACGGCGAAAUGCUCCCUGAGCAUAGAAGCCAUUCUGAACAACCCGAUGCGGCUGCAUCGCAUAGAGGUACAGAUUACUGAUAUUAAUGAUAAUGCUCCAUCCUUUCGCGAACAGGAAAAGACUUUAAACAUAUCGGAAUCUUCUUUUACAGGGGAGCGUUAUCUACUCCCAAUGGCAAACGAUGCAGACACGGGCAGCAACUCAGUAAAAAGCUACAAGCUUAGUCCAAAUGAAUAUUUCUCACUGGACGUGCAGAGCGUCGGACAGCACAGUGAGUCUGCUGAAUUAGUGCUGCAAAAAUCUUUAGACAGGGAGAAAAAGUCUGUUAUUCGCCUUGUUUUAACUGCUCUGGACGGAGGAAAACCUGCCCGAUCAGGGACAUUAAAGAUAGUUGUGUAUGUUAUGGAUAUAAAUGACAAUUCUCCUGUAUUUAGUCAGCCUCUGUAUCAAGCCCAAGUAACUGAAAAUGCUCAGUUUCAGACCUCUAUAGUUACUGUAAGUGCUACAGAUUUGGAUGAGGGAAUAAAUAGUGAAAUAGUGUAUUCAUUCAUUGAAAGGGGAAAUUUCAAUCCAGAAACUGUAUUCUCGAUAAACCCAAACACAGGGGAAAUAACUGUAAUAGGGAAAGUAGACUACGAAGAGAAUACAGCAUAUGAUAUUCGUAUACAGGCAAGAGAUAAAGGUACACCAUCACGAAGUGUGCAUGGGAAACUGUUAGUAGAAGUAACUGAUGUGAAUGACAAUACACCUGAAAUCACUGUAACUUCUCUUAUGAGCCCAGUUAAAGAAGAUGCUGAGAUAGAUACAGUUGUGGCUUUGGUGACUGUAACAGACAAAGAUGGGGCCAGUAAUGGUCUCACCAAUGCCAAACUUCUUGGGGUGGUGCCUUUUAAACUCAAGGUAAACUACAAGAAUUAUUAUUCAUUAACAGUUGAUGGGUCUCUUGACAGAGAGAGUAUUACUCAAUAUAAUGUAACCAUCAUAGCCACUGAUGAAGGCAGUCCACCUCUUUCCAGUACAAGUGUGAUUCCUGUUCACAUUUCUGAUGUGAAUGACAACGCUCCUUUAUUCUCAGAGCCUGUGGUUAAUGUAUAUGUCAAAGAGAAUAGUGCAGUGGGAGCUACUAUCUUCAUUAUUACUGCAGUCGAUCCUGAUAUGGAAGAAAAUGCUAAAGUAACAUAUUCACUAAUAGGUGACUUUUCAAAAAAUAUUCCAAUAACCUCUGUUGUAAACAUAAAUUCAGAGACUGGAGAUAUAGUCAGCCUGCAGUCUUUUAACUAUGAGGAGUUAAAUACUUUCCAGUUUAAAGUUCAGGCCACAGAUUCUGGUGUUCCUCCGCUCAGCAGCAAUGUGACUGUCAACGUUUUAAUCCUGGAUGAAAAUGAUAAUAAUCCAACAAUUCUCGCACCUUAUUCUGAGCACGGCUCCAUUAACAGUGAAAGCAUCCCCUAUUCUGCUGAAUCAGGAUACUUUGUGGCAAAGAUCAGGGCUGUAGACGCAGACUCUGGAUACAAUGCAUUGCUUUCCUAUCACCUGUCUGAGCCCAAAGGAAACAACCUGUUCAGGAUCGGAACCAGCACCGGGGAGAUCAGGACUAAGAGGAGAAUGAGUGACAAUGACCUGAAAACUCACCCCUUGGUGGUCUUGGUUUCUGAUAACGGAGAACCCUCCCUGUCAGCUACUGUGUCUAUUGAUGUGGUGGUGGUUGAAAGCACGGCUGAAAUCCAGACUCAGUUCCGACACGUGCCUGUGAAGGAGGACAGCUUCUCUGAUUUGAACCUGUAUCUGCUGAUCGCCAUUGUGUCGGUGUCCAUCAUCUUUCUGCUGAGCCUCAUCAGUUUAAUAGCAUUCAGAUGCCACAGGACAGACGGCAGUUUCAGCAGGUACAGCGCUCCAAUGAUCACCACCCACCCUGACGGGAGCUGGUCUUACUCUAAAGCUACUCAGCAGUAUGACGUGUGUUUCAGUUCAGACACAUUCAAGAGUGAUGUAGUGGUUUUCCCUGCCCCGUUUCCACCUGCAGAUGCAGAACUGAUCAGUAUUAAUGGAGGAGAUACUUUUACCAGAACUCAGACUUUACCUAAUAAAGAAAAGGUAAGGAUGGUAGCACUUUAA